AAAACCAGUUCAGAAGUCUCAUCCCCUAUUCCCCUGCCUUUCACAAUUCGAGCUUUUCUAGCGUCUUGGCUUUGCUCCCCUUUUUUUAUAUUUUGUCUCAUCAUCUCUGUUUUCUUUGUGUUUGUGUCGACUAAAACACAAUCUUCGGUUUUACAAGACAUGGAAAAGCUUAGUUCUGAAUCUCCUGAUGAUCUGCUGUUGAAGAUACUAUCGUUUCUUCCAACAAAAGUUGCUGUAAGCACAAGCGUUUUGUCGAAGCGAUGGGAGUUUCUUUGGAUGGAUUUGUCUGUACUUGAGUAUGAUGACAGUAUUCUCCCUAAGGAUAGAAACGAUCGACUGUGGAAAUGCAACAUGAUGCGACCUUUUAUCGGUAGGAAUAUGUCAUUACAUAGAGCUCCGGUCAUAGAGAGCUUCCGUAUCAAUUUCAACACUGCACCAUUUGAGCCUGAAGAUAUCAAAUUUUGGGUUGCAAAUGCAGUUUUUUGCUGUGUGCGCGAGCUAAGUAUUAAUUAUUCUUUAAAUUCCAUUGACAGGCCUAUAGCAUAUCUUCCUAGUAGCUUGUAUGUUUGCGAAUCUCUCGUGUCAUUGAAACUGGAGGGUAGGAUUCUCGUGGAUGUUCCUCGUGUUGCUUAUAUUCCUUCAUUGAAAAUUCUUUCCCUUCGACGUGUGACAUACAAAGUUGAAUCAAUUCUUGAACGGCUUGUAUACUAUUGUCCUGUUCUUGAGGAUCUAGUUGUGGAAGAAAGUGGAGAUCUGGAAGCAUUGGUGGUAAUCUCUCCGUCCUUGCAGAGAUUAACCCUAGAGAUAGAUAUUGAAUGUUAUUCAUAUGGGAUUGUGAUAAACACUCCUUCCUUGGAAUAUUUCAAAGUUACGGAUAAUUGGAAUAGUGAUGGUGAAGCUUAUAUUCCCUCCUAUUUUAUUGGAAUUGAAGAUAUGCAUAAGCUGGAGGAGGCAUAUAUGGAUUCUAAAUUCUUCAGUAUCGGUGACUUUCUCAAUAAGUUAACCACACCAGUCACAUAUGAUAUAAUUGGUGAAGGUAUUGCCUUCAACCAGCUUGAACAUUUGAAGCUAUGUUCAUGUCAAACAGACUUGUCAGAUUUACUUAUCCGUUUGCUUGAAGAAUCUCCUAAUUUACUUGAACUUGAGAUCUACCGUCGUUAUGAACAUGAUCCUAGUGAAGAACCAUCGGUUUGUUGGGAGAAUUCUGAUCCUCAAUGUUUCUUGCGGAGUCUCCAAACUUUUAAGUGGACGAGCUUCGGUGGAUCGAAGAACGAGAUUGAGCUAGUGAAAUAUAUCUUGAGGAAUGCUUGUUGCUUAAAGACUGCAACAAUCUUGGGUCUCUCAUCUCAUGAUCCAAAGAAAAAACUUGAGGUUAUGGAGGAGUUGUCACUUUCUUCCAGAGGUUCAACAUCAUGCCAACUUGAAUUUUUUUGCAAGGUCCUAAACUAUUAUCAU